UUUCCAAUCCACCAUUGUCUCCCCACCUCCCUUUUGUAUUUCUUUCCCUUCCUUGCUCUGUUUGUGAUGGCCACUCUGUGAACAGAUCGCAUUGCCCAUGUGCAAUGUCCUGAUUACCAGUUCCAUCGCCCUCCACCCAUCAUGCUUUUCAGCGCCACCCUUGGGGUUGAUGUUCAGUUGAGAACAAGAGGCAGGGAGGUUAACAGAGUAAAGUACUUUUGACUCAGUAGUAGUGUUUGUACCUUCAUUUCUUCUUUUUCUGUGUAGGUUUCCUUUUAAUAUAUAUAUAUAUAUAUAUGUAUAUGUGUUAUUUUUUUUUUCUACUCUGUUUUUUUUGCAUGUGUAUGUAGGGUACUAUUAUGGGGAGAUUUGAUUGCUACCCCAUUUGAGAAAGACUUUGUUUGACAUGUGUUUAAGUCUAUGUGUUAGGAGAUUGCAAACCAUGUUUUGAUCUCUUAAUUCUCAGUUCUUGUGUAAAAGGAUUUUACUGUCAGAUUGUGGUUUUUGCCUACAGUUUUGCCCUGGUGAAGGAAUUAGCUAGCUGUUGAUUCAGCACAAGGUGGCAACUGAAUUCCAUGAUGCAGGUGGAUGUUGGGAGCUCCUUGGAAGAGGUGCUAGAAGAUGUCAGUCAGUCUCACGAGCUAAACAGAAGACGGAAUGAAUUUGUAGGGUGCAAGGGGAAAGGUUGGAAGUUGCAGUGCAGUUAUGAGCAAGGUUCCACAUUCACUGCGAAUUAAUUUCAUGGCAUUGGCAGCGUAAAUGAGACUGGCCCGUUCCAGCCUCUGGCCCUCUCUGUCUGUUACCCAAUGCUGUUACGCUUUCAGGUAUUUGGCUGUUCACUCAUGCAACGAGUCAAUACUUGGGUGACGGACCGCGAGUGACAUUAUUUCAGUACAGAUUGAGUGGCGAAGCUCUUUGUCCCCAAGAAUACUUGUCACGCAUUCGAAGUGGCACCGAUUGUUCUCGCAGGCACGGCUAGGAGGAGAAAUUCAUGGGCUUUGAAUACAUCACGUCAUAAUGUCCAUCCUUUUUGAAUCGAUGAUGACACAGCUACUUUCUGAUUGAUGGCGCGUGAAGAGGUGAUUUAUAGGAGAUGCUGCAAACGGCAUAAAAUAAAAACAUGGAGAACCCUACUGCUGUAUGUACACUUCGGCCGUCUCUCUCUCUUCAGAUUGAGCAGCUCGGCCACCAAGAAAGUGGCAACUGUGAUGUAAAAAGAGCUUCCAGUGCAAUGGGCUGCUCGAAGGUCACUGAGGAGAAGUCCGUCUCUUCUUUUCUAGUAGCUAAGCAGUCCAGGAGUAGGAAGCCAUCGUCUCUCACCGGCACUGAGGAUUAUUUGAGGAGAAUCGAUGUGGUAGUUGAAGGGUCUUCUUCAGACAGAAAAGCUAUGAGCUUCAAUCCAUUCCGAGAGCUUGGGCAUGAAUUUGCAGGUCACAGGAGAAUUUGUUCCGGGAACCUCAUCACAUCCAGCAAGUCUGCGGAGAAGACACCGGGGGAGAAGGGGAGAAGUUCUUCUUUCAGGAUCAAGUCUUCGGAGAAAUCACUGGGGGAGAAAGGGAAGAGCCUGUCAUCUAGGAUGGACCAAUAUUCAGUGGCAAAGAUCGCAGCCUCCCUUUUCCACUCUGCAGGAAAGAUUGAGCGCUCCAUGUCCAUGUCAAGACUGGCUCACAGAGCGUUGCCAGAAGAAGUGAUAUCUUUGCGACAGAAAUUUCAAGUAGCAUCAGAUCAGAAUAGGGACUUCAGUGGGAGCGAGGAGAGAGGCUCUGAUUCAUCAACCAAGGACACAGAAGAUUGCGCUGCUCCAUUGAUCUUAAAACCAUCAUCCUUGCACAAAUUUGACAAUGACAGCACAAAAGCAAUGCUGAAGGAUGAUGGGGAAGCCGAAAAUUCAGCGAGUGCAGAUGAAGAAUCCCCCAAACCGAUCAUCGAAGAAGCUGAUUCUGGAUUACCUUGUACUCAUUCAAUUGGAGCCGCAGGGAGUAUUCAGAGUUGUAAUCCGACUCUCAUGAAGCAGUCUUCGUGCUCCACCAAUCUCAAUCAUCACGAUGCUGGUGCAACUAACACACCAAUCCUUGUUUACGGGUCUCAAUCGACAAUCUCGGACACGAACCACCAAGGGGUUUUGUCACUGGCUACAUCCAAGGCGUCAUCUUCACUGAGCUCACUACAUAGCAGUACACAGAGCUCAUUUCAUUUAGACCCAGAGAGAUCCCUUAAUUUGCGACAGGAAACUGAUUCUCCUGAAGACAGUACCGAUUUCCAGACUCUUCUGUUGACCACUGGAAAAGUAACUGAGGCAGAACUCACAGAGGCUGCAGUGAGGUCCAGCCUUCAAAGAGAGGACUACCUCUCUGGCCCCUUGUUUAUCUCCGAAGAACCUCAACAAGAUGAAUCACUGGAGUCAAUUGGGGAAAUUAAAGGCAAUCAAGUACUUACAUCAGGUUUAAAGAUUGAAGAAGUGACUGAUCCGAGAAGGACCUGCAACUCAGACGUUUGCCUAAACAGGAGCGUGAGCUGUGAACCCGGGGCAGGUGCUGAACGGAAAAAGAAGCUUAGAAAAAGGAGGCGCAGUGUUUCAGCCUCAGGAAUUGGGGCCAUGCUGCUCAAAGUUGUGCGCGUGUCAGAUUCUGGGCCGAUGGUGACGAGGAGAUUGCCCAAAGUUGGGCCCGCUGAAAUCAUUUCUGGAGCUGAAGCAUUGCGAGCCAGAGAGUAUGUAAUUCAGAAAACAGCACAAAUAUCUAUGGGAAGAUCACCAGAGUCAUUUAGAUCUCCGAAUUCUUCUCUCACUGUCUGUCAUUGUGAAUCAGAAGAUGCGGUUAAAUCAACGUACUCCAAGUUUAUCAACAUUGAGAUCGACUCUGCCGGCGACCGUGUUGAGCUCAAGCAAUACUCCAAGGAUGUUCGAAAGGGUAUCGAUGGCUCAGGAAAUGGAGGAGCUUGUACGUGUGAAACUCGGAAACAUAACCACCACGAGAAGAUCCCAAGACUUUUUUCUGAUCGGGGGAUUAAAAGAGCGGAAUGCACCUGCACACAUGAAGGGAUGACUCCUACUUUGGUUGACGGGGGGAGCUGUUCUUCUGAUAAAGUUUCGGAACGGAUGAAUUCGAAUCUGCAGCAACACGCGGCUGAUGAAAAAUUUGAGAACCAGACUAAGUGUACGAACAGUACAUCAGCAGCAACCUCUGCAGUUAAUGUUGAGGAUAGAAGUGGAAAGUCAAGGAGAAGGACUAGCAAGGGAAGGACCUCCUACGACUUUGACUCUUCGGCAGAGGCUGUUAAAACCUCAAAUUCAAUUGGUGGCCGGCUUGGACAAGCACUAUCCUCAAUGGAUACGAGUAUGGCCAUCACCAGGGAGAGGUCACGAAGCUUUGUGUCAAGGUUGCAAGCUGCUGCUACUUCUGGAAAUGCGUCUGUAGAUGUGUACCGCCUUGGCCCUUGCUCAACCUCCAUUCUGGCCAAUCCAUCCUUUUCGAGCUCUCAUCAGGACAGGCUAUGGGAGGAGCAAGCAGAUAUCUAUUCCAGCGGAGGACGUGGAACUCCUGGCCGUGACGACGAACCAGCAGCAGCAGCAGCGAAUGCCUUUGUCCAUUCCCCUUCGCCAGGGAACCCAGUCUCAUUAGACGAUCAUCAGGUCCCUUCCGCCUCUGGCUCGUUGAGAAGAGGACAAAUGGACGCCACUGUAAGAGCUCCCUCUUUCACGUCUUUCUUAUCUAGUGGAGAUCGGGGGAGCCGAAAGAAAGGGAAGAAGAGAGGACGACCCCGGACACCACUGAGGAGCUUGUCGGCUGAGGAUGUGCACAGAAUGUGCUGUGGAAGAAGAUCACCAGAGGGUGGCCACUUCAUACAACAAAUCAUGUUGAAGAUCAGAGGUCACUCUUCCCGGUCCUCCAGUCCCAAGUGCCCCAAUAGUAGGACGAAGAAAAGGAACACCUGGAGCAGCUGCAUCUGUUUCUCCCCCAACUGAUCAACUUCCUCAAGCUCUUUGGAUCUCAACCCUGACGUGGGCAUUUUUCUAAACUCUCGCAAAUGAAUGAAAGACGAAGCAAAACAAUUUAUUGAUCUUUCUCGUGCCCUGAACCUCGGGUUGUGCUGCAUUCAGGUUUUUGGCAAUGGCGUUGGUUUAGAUCAAUGCAAAGCUUUAGCUCCCCAACUGCUUGACAAACCCAUCUUCUCUUUCGCUUUCCGUGCAUAUUUGAUGAAGAGACACACAAUAUGGAGAAUGUGGUUUGUGUUUGAGCUUGAGUUUUGCAGUUUGGGACAACGGAUCCAUUUGCAAAAAGAAGUCCUGCUCUGAGUUCAUGAGAACUCUCUUCAGUGCGUAGAACAAACCAGCAGUCUCCCUGAAUACCAUUCUUUUGUGAUCAGUGUCAUGUUUGUGUGAACCCUUCAACUCCUCUGAAUAUUCACUGGUUCCACCAAAACAUUGAACUGAUCAGCAAGCUAUUAGAAGGUCCAUCAUGUUUUCGCUCAAACCAUUUGAUUUUUAAUUUUAAUUUUUUGGAAUGGUGAUUUGGGUUAACUGUAGAAUGUAAAACAAGAUAAAUCCUGUCAAGUUGCUUUGGAAUAUUCGGCGGUAGAAAGAACUAAUUUUGAGUUUCCCUCCUCUUGUUUGAGGACAUGUGAAACGAGUAAACAUGACAUGUCUGACGACUUUACCAUUUUAUCUACAGUAAUAUAUAUAAAUAUUAUUUAA